UCUCAAAAAAAAAAUGUUCGAGGUCGCAGGUUCAGAAGGAUCUAUAAAUAUAAAAAUUUUGAUUUAUUUAUGGUCGUUUGAAUCGUUUUUUCACUCUCAAUUUGUGGUCAACGUGCGUCUGGCUUCACAGAGCACUCACAUCAGCACACGAACAACUUGUUCGGAACAAGUCUCAUUCACGGAAGCGUGUAGCUGUUGCACGUUUUUUCACCUAAUUUUUCAGGGCGGAUUGCCCUCCACCUGCUCGACGAAAGUCUUCAACCAACACUUCCCACGCUUACUUAAAACACAAGGCUUAGUUUUGUAGUUUUCUUGGUUUCAACUUUCAACAACAAACGCAACGUAUUCCUUUGUGUUUUUUCAAAUCCAUUUUCUGAUGGUUCUUAUAUAUAGCAAUAUAGCAAACAUCGUGAGGAAACAUAUUGGCUUUGAAGCUUUUUGAUGGCUUUGAAGACUGUAGUUGUGGUGGGGGUUACAAAUUCUCAGUAUGGUUGGAAAGACUUGGGGUCCAAGCCCUCUGUGUUUCCAUUGAAUCGGAUAAAUGAGUCGGAGAAAGUAUGCAAAUGGAUGCGUUUUGGUGGGUUUCCGGGUCUGUCAGCUUGCCGGGCAAUACGGUCUGUGGAAAACGAGAACACGUCCAACCGGGGCACCAAGUUGCAACAAAUAGUUGAUCAGACGGAGAACGAUGUUUCAAGGAGAUUGCAAAAGGAUUUGAACUCUCUUCCAAGACCAUUAUCCGUAUCUGAUCUUUCUGCUAUUCCUGAUGGUGGUUCAAAGGUGCGAAUAUCAUUCAAGGGUUUACCAGGGUCAUACAGCGAGGAUGCUGCACUGAAAGCCUACCCUAAAUGCGAAACAGUUCCUUGUAAUGAUUUUGAAGAUGCAUUUAAGGCUGUUGAACUAUGGCUAGCUGAUAAAGCAGUUCUUCCAAUUGAGAAUUCUUCAGGUGGAAGUAUCCAUCGUAAUUACGAUUUACUCCUUCGUCAUAGGCUUCAGAUAGUAGGUGAGGUGCAGUUGAAUUGUAAUCUCUGCCUUCUAGCUCUGCCAGGUGUCAGAGCAGAGCACUUGAAACGUGUUCUAAGCCAUUCACAGGCACUUUCCUUGAGUGAUAUUCUCCUGAGUAAGUUAGGUGUUUCCAGGGAAAAUGUUGAUGAUACAGCUGGGGCUGCUCAGUAUGUAUCCUCAAAUGGCUUGAGGGAUGCUGGUGUUGUUGCAAGUGCUCGAGCUGCAGAAAUUUAUGGGCUUAACAUACUGGCAGAAAGAAUCCAGGAUGACUUUGAUAAUGUUACUCGUUAUCUGGUACUUGCAAGGGAUCCAAUAAUUCCAAGAACUAAUAAACCCUUUAAGACAAGCAUCGUAUUUACUUUAGAUGAAGGCCCUGGAGUAUUGUUUAAAGCCUUGGCAGUGUUUGCACUGAGGGACAUAAAUUUGAAAAAGAUUGAAAGUCGACCGCAGAGGAAACGGCCAUUAAGAGUAGUCGAUGACUCCAACACGGGAAGAGCCAAAUAUUUUGACUACCUUUUUUAUAUUGAUUUUGAGGCUUCAAUGGCAGAGCCUCGUGCACAAAAUGCUUUAGGACAUUUGCAGGAAUUUGCAACGUUCCUUCGCAUACUUGGUUGCUAUCCCAUGGAUACAACUCUAUAGCUUCCUUUCUUCUCAAACCUUUCAAGCUGGUGGCAGAGGAGAAUUUGUCUACUUUUUAAUGGUCUGUGCAAUUUCUGAGUAGACAAGAAGGUCGUAUCAUUGCCAGAUUAUGUUUGAUGACAUGGGUUGAACAGUUGUUCACAAAUCCCACCUUGUCCCUUCUUCUAGCCAUUUAGACUUGCUUGGCAAAAAAUGAGCCAUUCUAAUAGCAUGAUGGUGGGGCUGGGGGUUGAUUUAUUUAGUUGUUAAAAGACAAUAUCAAGAAAUGAUUUCUGGAUAUCUUGGAUUCUACUGAGAGAAUAUAAUUUAGAUCCUUGCUUGCAAGUUAUUGGGUACUUCUCCCAUGAGUUAUUGACUGUAAUCAAGAGAGACACCUGCAUGUAAGAUUUGUUGUAUAUGUCAUUUUUUGUCAUUUUUCUGGGGGUUUUGUUGCAUACACGCCAAAUCCGUCAUGCUGUACAUUUUUUCAUCUUGAUGUAUGCUAGAAAGUCAACUCUUCAAUGGAACAAUGGUCAAAGAUGUUCUUCAGCAUGGUCUGUCCUAUCUUUACUGCUGUAAUGAUGAUAGGAACUCAGGAAUUGUUUUGUAAAAAUUGGUUAAAAUCAGGACAUUUUGUGAGGAAUCAUAAAGUAGUUUUUAGACACA